AUGAAGGUGCUGCGACUGCGAAUGGCAAAGCUAAUGCUGCUGGGCGUCCUCCUGGUCAAUCUGAUAUUCCUGUACUACACUUGGAACACGCUACUGUGGCGCCGCAUCAGCCGUGUGCUGGCUGGUGGCGAUGAGUCGGAGCCAAAGGCACCCAAGCUGACGCCCAAGGAGAAGGUGCGCAACGCCAACAAGCACAUAAGGAAGAGCAUCACCAUCGUCUUCUACGGACACUACAACUUUGAGCAGGAUCUGCGGGCGAGCAUUGACAGCAUACUGGAUGUGAUACCCAAUAUGCCCAUACUGGUGCUCCAGGAGGGCGGCAGCGAGUACGCCUAUCCGCCGCUGAACUACGAAAGAAAUCUCACCGCUGGCGAGGAUCAGACUGUGACCUUCCUGAGUCUGGCCUUUGAUGUGCGACGCACGCGACAGGAACUCGAUCCGCUGGCCGCCAUUCACACCAAGUACGCCCUCCUCAUGCCCGACAGUGUGCGGCUGAACAGCAAGAAUCUGCUCCAGAAGAUCCUCCGCGAGAUCAACACCAUCGGCGUGGCUGGGGCACAGGCGCAGGCACAGCCCAAGGAGCAGCGUGUGGCCGUUCCCCCGGAGGAGAUGGUGCGCCGCAUGGUGCUGGUGCCCUUUGCGGGGAAUCUUAAGUCCUACAGCAGCUGCGCUCGCAUGAGAAUGGAUCUGCCCAACUGGACGCUCGAGAUAGUGGCCACAAAUGAUAGUCGGCGCUGCGAUUUGUUUCUGCAAAAGCACGCGAUCCUGUUGGAUGUGGCAGCGCUGGCGGCAAUGCCCGAACCUUUCUCCCUGCCAUUUCCAGAGAUGCUGUACAUGCAGGCAAAGAUUGCCAAUUUGUCGACCACCGUCUUUGCACAUGCCUUCCAGGAGGGCAGGCGCCUCUUUGCCUCGUUCCACACCAAGCAGCGACGCAUGGAUCUGCGCCGUCGCCAGUUCAAGGAGAUGUACAAGCGGCUGCAGAUCAAGCGAAUCGUGCGCAGGGCUUACACGUUGCUCGGCAAGCCGCCGUCCAGAGAGAACAGCUGGCAGCUGCACCAAGGCGUGCUGGAUGCACAGUUUUCCAGCUCGAAUGUGUCGCUGCCGCUGGUCACGGACAUCGAUCUGUUUGGCUGCGAGCGCACCACAAAGUCCUGCAUCGGCACCGUGUACAACAAUCGGCCGUUCUACUCGUAUCUGGACAAGCACACGCCGCCCUGCUGCCUGGACAAGCUGCGUACGACCUUCAACCAUGUGCUGGAGGAGUUCGAGAACGUGGGCAUACGCUACUGGCUGGACAACAAUGCGCUGAAGAGCGCUGUGGAGACGAAUGCCAUCUCACCGGAUGCCUACGACAUUGACAUCAGCUUCAAUGUCCAGGACCUGGAGCGCUCCAAUGCCAUGAAGAAGUCACAGAGCAAGCCGUAUGUGGACAACGAAGGCUUCUACUGGAUCAAGGCCACCGAUGGACACUACUUUCGCGUGCAAUUCUCGAAGCCCAACCAGGUGGGCGUCAAUCUGCUGCCCUACGAGAUCAAAGGCGCUGAGGUGCGGGCCAGCGGCUUCUUUGGCUGGAAGGCAAGCACCUUUGCGGCUGACUUUCUACAUCCCAUGUCCACGGUGCUGUUUCUCGGCAAGAGCGUCAUGUGCCCCAACAAUGUGCUCGAGUAUCUCGAGGCCAAGCACAUCAAAGUGCAGUCCCAAGACCUGGCCAUGGAUGAUUAGAGAAUAACUCCCUGUACUCUAGUCUAGUCACAAUUUAGUUGAGGCUUAGCAUAGAUCAUGGCUGAAGGCCGAAAACUUUCACAUGGAUUUGAUUAACGAUUUAUGUUCAAGUUUUUAUAUCUCUAUUGUACAAUUUUUGUGAUGUUUUUGUAUUGUUUCAGAUGUUCC